AUCGCAUAGAUCGAUUCCUCUUGCGGAGAAAUGCAAUCGAUUCGUGGCAGUACAAGGUUGCUUCAGAGGCAUCGUUUCUCCAUCUCCAACACUCUUCGUUUCACUUCUUCUUCUUCUACUUCGUGUGGAAGCUGGUCUGAAAAUGAAUCAAGGAGGCUAGGGUUUGAUUCUUUCCCUUGUACCAGAGCUGCGACAUAUCUCAUUAGCUCGUUGAAAAAUGCCGGUAUUUCCUCUUCGGCGAUACCUAAACAAAACUCUACUUAUUCGUCGAGGUGUUUUUCCACCACUGGAGAUUCUGUUCAAGGAUCCCCUGAGACAGAUUGUGUUGUGCCUCAGAGAAUCAAGUUUAAGCGGCUUGAUAAAACCGCUAAGCAUAUAAUGCAGAUUGUAGACAAGGAAGCAGUUGAGGAAGUGAGAACUCUUAGAGAGAUUCCAGAGAUAAAGCCUGGUUACAUUGUGCAGCUAAAAGUGGAAGUCCCUGAGAACAAGAGGCGUGUAUCAAUUGUAAAAGGCGUCGUUAUAGCAAGGCGUAAUGCUGGUCUUAACUCAACAUUUAGAAUAAGAAGGCUUGUGGCUGGAGUGGGCGUUGAAUCCAUGUUCCCCUUGUAUUCCCCAAACCUGAGGGAGAUUAAGGUGGUGGACAAGAAGAAAGUAAGAAGAGCCAAGCUUUAUUACCUCAGGGACAAGGUGAAUGCUCUCAAGAAGCAUUAACAACCUUAAUAAAAAGCAGUCUACUCUUGUCUUAAACAAUUUUCGAUGGUUUUAGUUACACUCCGUCAGAAGGAGACGAUUUGGCCUAGUUGUGUCAAAUAUUGAAUUCGUGUAAUGGAGAAUCUCUUCAAUCUUCUUAAUAAGUUUGUUUGCUUAUU